AUGAACGCCCUUCCUAAUGAACCAUCAGAUAACAUGGAGGUAGACUCUAAUCCAAUGCCAAUUGCUACUCCAGGGACCCUCGACGAGGUCCUAACUCAUGCAGGCUUCCCGUCAGGGAUGGACUCGGCCCUCAUUGCUUCAGAAGAAUAUUUAGCACCUCUUUGUGUUGCCUGCGGCGUCGACCUCACUAGUCUCAAACAGGGGAAGAAACUGGAGAGCAGUUUGGUGGAGACGUCAGGCCACUAUGCCAAAAAUUCCAUUGGGAAUGAAAAACAAGUCCUUGCACUGGACAGAUUUAUCUGUGCGGUCAAGUUCUCUGGAGAGCCACAGACAGUUUGGUCAAAUCUUGGUUGCCUCCAAGUUACUCGGUCAGAACUGCGAAAUAGUCGUGCUUACAUUCUCAAAAUUGAGGACGAAAUUGCUGAAGGCCGGAAGUACCGCACCCAAUCCCUCAUCCGCAACCAGAGGCAUUCGUACAUGAUUGAUGACCUACGGCUUCAAGUCUCUGAAUCGUAUGCAGAGGCCGAGAUACAGUGCCGGCAGGAACACUUGAGGCUAUUGAAGAGGAUAGAAGAGCUAGAGUUGCGACUCAGUAAAGAUGAGUCAAUAAAGCAAGCCAAGAGGAUUGAGGAACUGGAGAUUCAAGUAGCGAGGGAAAAGUUGGUUCGUGGAAAAGCGGCACAUAUUUUACUCAACAACCACGACCCUUGCGCUGCCAAGGACGAAGCACUCACGUUAUUGAAGCCUGCUUUGGUCACAAAGUCGCCGCCUUCCUUGAAAUAUGACCUCAGACCCACUACGGAGAACUUUCAUCAGGCUCGCGAGAGGUUAUUUUGGAAGCAAAUAGCACAUGAAUUAUUAUCACAGGAAGAUACUUCGAAGUAG